AUGGCUAGUAAAGCACCGAAGUCUCGGUGUUACAGCAUGACUGCUUCCGCAGACUUCAGAUUUGUUUGUUCCGUUGGGCAAAAAACCCUAGGUGAAACCUACACUCAGGAAAUAGCCGAGAAGAUACAUCUGUUACCUGGAAAACAUCACCUUCGUUACAUAGCAAAGACAGAUAAAUUACUUCUACAACGAAGAGCCAUCACGAACAUGAAAGAGUUUAAGAAACAUCGUAAUGAGAAUAAGAAAGCCCGCAGUGCUUUGAGACAUCUGAGAGAGAAUAGUGAAGGUGUUACCUAUGGGAGUAAUUGUGGUCUAUUGAUUCAGUCUGAUGUGCCUGAUGAGAAAGAGAAUCAAGAGAUAGAGGCUGAUGAUGGAAUCGAUUCUUUCAUCCUAUUCGAUUUGAAAACAUCCAGUUUAAGACGAGACUGCGAUAUAUUGCAAAUUGCAGCUGUAUGUGGUCAAGAUAGCUUUGAUAUUUAUAUCAAUCCUAGGCAACCAAUUGCUCCAAGUGCAUCGGCAGUGACUGGUCUCAUGAACUGCAAUGGGACUCUUCUGUUACAUGGGAAGUUUGUACAAUCUGUAGCAUUGAAAGUUGCUCUCGAGAAAUUUUUGGAGUGGAUUGAAAAUUUGGGGAAGAGUAUUUUGAUAGCUCAUAAUUUGGGUUUUGAUGGUCCCAGAUUGUAUGACUCAAUCAAAAAAUACAACCUUGAGGAUAAGUUUUCCACCGUAGUUCAUGGAUUCUUGGACACACUGCCACUCAUUAGAUCUAUAACGGGUAAGAAGGGCAAGGGGGAAUGCUCUCCGGGUGGGCUAGCCAAAUGUCUAAAUGUCGUUGGUAUUGGGGAUCACAAUGCCAUUAUUGAUUGUAAAAUUUUAUCAAGAAUAUUGUAUGCAUUGAAAAUUUCAAACACAAUGUUACUGAAUAAUGUAAAAAUUUACAAUGAGAAAGUCGAUGAAUGGAAUCAUCAAGAUCAAAAUGAUGUUUACCUAACCCAAUUGCAACCUCUGGAAAAUGUUUUGGGAGUUGCCACUCGUACGAAAUUGCCUGCUGCUGCUAUCACGCUUACAGAUCUCAAUAACGUACAUUCCAUGCUUGGAGGUGAUGGAGUUAUCAAUUUGUUCAAAGAAAACAUUAAGAAUAAAUCGAUGGCUCCAAUUCAAGCAAGAUGA